GCCGUGCAGCGGUGAAUGGGUCUGGUGUAGUUUCAGUGUACCUGACAGACACACACACACACACACACACACAGAUGAACUGUCCUUGUUAGCUGCGGUGUGUGUGUGCGCGUCGGACCGGAGGAGUGGACGUUCACUGCGUUUGUCACGUCGCUGUAGUUUUUAAAUAAUCCCCACGACAUGAUGCGGUUCAUGCUGCUAUUCAGCCGGCAGGGGAAGCUUCGGCUGCAGAAAUGGUACACGGCGACCGCCGAGCGCGACAAGAAGAAGAUGGUCCGAGAGCUGAUGCAGAUCGUGCUCGCUCGCAAACCAAAGAUGUGCAGCUUCCUGGAGUGGAGGGACCUGAAGAUCGUCUACAAACGGUACGCCAGUUUGUAUUUCUGUUGUGCGAUCGAGGAGCAGGACAACGAGCUGAUCACUCUGGAGGUCAUCCACCGAUUCGUGGAGCUGCUGGAUAAAUACUUUGGCAGCGUGUGCGAGCUGGAUAUCAUCUUUAACUUUGAGAAGGCCUACUUCAUCCUGGACGAGUUCCUGAUGGGAGGAGAGAUCCAGGACACGUCCAAGAAGAGCGUCCUCAAAGCCAUCGAACAAGCCGACCUGCUGCAGGAGGAGGACGAGUCUCCCCGCAGCGUGCUGGAGGAGAUGGGUUUGGCGUAGCUCCAAGCAGCAGCAGCUUUCUGACAGACUGUGGACACUGGGGGGCGGGGCCAGAGGAGAGAGAGGGCGGGGCCAGAUCUGUACUGACAGCGCUGGUUCUGUGUGUCUGAGGACUGAAGGGGAAGAGACUCAGUUAAGAACAGAAGAUCCUUAACCUGACACGCCCUUUAGCUCUGUCUGCCUGUGUGUGGGGGGGGGGGGGGGAAUCAGGAUGUGUGCGUGUGUCGGGGUUUGUGUGUUUUUAAAGGGUGAGUCUGGCAUUGCUGCUCAGACAGUUCAGAGGAGAAUAACGAGGUUGAGUCAGGUCUGCGCUGUGAUUGGUUAAAAACUGUCUGAUGUCAUCCUGUAUUUAUUUCUAUUUCCUGCGGGUUGAAUGAAGAGACGCAAAGCGAUCGUGUGAGUGCGUCUCUCAGCUGAUUGGUCAGAAAUAAAUAAAGGCGCUCGUUAAUACUUCACCUGUUGGGACUACUUUCAGCAGCGGAUGAAUCCGACACACCUGAUGCUUAGUCUACAGUUUUAUAGAUGUUUGUAAGUUUGAACAUAUUUAAGAAUAAAGUAAAUAUAUAGAAAAUCAGAAGACAUUUUAAGUAAAGUUAUAAAAUGCUGUGUUUGUCUUCAAUCCUAUUUAUUAUGAACGUGACGAGUCAGGAGAGUAACGCGCCGCGAUGGAUCCAAGUCAGAAGCUUUUUAUGACUUAGAGACGGGACAGUGGUGGAGUCUGAAACAGAGAGAGAGAGCAAAGGAGCCACAGGUCAGACCUGAACCCGGACCGCAGCCUCUGUAAGAUAAGAUAAUCCUUUAUUUAUCCCACAAUGGGGAAAACUGUACACGGGACGCUCAAACCAGCCACUAGGCCACCGGUGCCCUCAGAACUCUCUAGUUUUUCACUUUGGUUACUAAAAGUCGAGUUCAGUUUUUACGUUUCCUGACACUUGAAAUGUCCUGACGGCGUCCAGCAUCAAACUGACGACUCGGCACGCAGCAAACUUGAAAAACAUUCACGUGAAUUGAAUCCGUCCAGACCUCGAAGCUUUAUCAUGCAUUAAAGAAAACAACCACCUGAGUCCAAGUCUUUCCCUCCAAUACGCUUGCAACGUACUCGUGACGGCGUGCAGGAGUUUGUUCGCGAUGUUUGAUGGGUUAAUUCCUCUCCUACACGCCUCUCUUGAAUAUUUUUGACGACCUUAGAAGAUGAUCGGGACGCCAUGACGACUCCUGACACUUAAAGGUGGAGUCUGUAGAAAUGUUUGUAAACACAACAUUCAAACUGGGCCCCUCCUCCUGAAGCCACGCCCACUCCCUGCAGGACGUAGCUAACGUACGCUAGCACAAGCUAACCGCCGGUGUUUGUCACCUGCCUGUCCAACAGGAAGUAGACAAACUCCACCGGUAAAAGCUAACAUAAGGUUCACCCUGGUUUUAGAACGAGCUUUAUCCACUUGGUGUUUCUCCUCACUGUGAUUAUAUUUUCUCUUCUUUGCUGCUACGUCCACGUCCGUCAUAUUCAACGGUUUGAAUCACGUCCAAUCACUGAAUUGUAUCCACUCCUAAACUCACCUGCUGCUCUGUCAUUGGCUGGAGGAAACACACCAGCUCCGCCCAGAAACGUUCCGAGUCAACAAGAACAAAGCAGAACAGUAAAAUCCAGUUACAGGACAGAGUCUCUGCAGACGAAGGCUGUAUCCGAAUUGCCAAGUACAUACUCAAUCUGUCAGUAGUCAUUACCUACUAUCCGUGCUGUAUACUGUUAAUACCUACUAUUCAGUAUGCGCGCACAGUAGAUAUUUGUUCCUACUUCGUCUGAUUCAUUCAGUAUGGAAGUGGCGUCAUUUAAGUUUCCUGAACCGGCCGCAUUCACCUGUUUUUUUUUUUGUUUAGCUUUAUUCAAGAAGAGUAAUGCACAUAUACAGUCAGGUAAACAAAACAAUAUCACAAUGUAAAUCAAGUAAGAGGCAGAUUAAAUAACUAAAUAACAUACAGUACAUGAAGAAAAGUACAAAUGAAAGACAGAAAUAUACAGAAUAUAAAGUAAAAUAAACCAAUAAAGACACAUUUAAAUAGUGAAAUUAUUUAAAUAGAGGGGGAAAGGUUUUAUAAUAAUUCAGACAUUUGUUAUAUUUUCUGUUGUUAAUUUAAAGUAGUGAUUUCAGUCGGGACUUUAACUCUAGAUUAAAAAUUGAUUAAAUUAAUCCACGCUUGUUUGUUUUGAUUUGGAGGCGGACGUGACGUGCCGAUUUACGUUUAAUUUCGCACAGCAUUGUGGUAUACUGAAACUCCAUACUGAAUAGUACGUACUGCAUACUGAACUGUGACAAUUCGGAAAGGGCCACAGUCACCACCACAAAUGUACGGAGGCCCAGAAGGGACAAUGAAGCAGCUUUACUUUAGGAGAAGUCUGUAUUUUAUUUUGAAGGAAACAGACUCUAUGUUUAAGUGAAAUGACUACACGAUUAUAACUGAUAGGAUUGAAGGCAAUCUCAGUUAGUUUUCUUCUUCUUCACUUUAUUAUUCUCUCGCUCUUUGAAACUUCUCGUGAUAUUAUAAGACUUUAUUUCCUGGUUUCUCUUAAAGGAACAGUCGCCCUGUCUGGGCUGCGUUGUGCUUUGAAUCGAAGGCGUUCACAUGUACUGAAUGUACGAGGGCUGAAUCUGUUUUAUACAUUUGAAGAACCUGAGAGUCUAAACACUGCGGAUGUUUCUGACGCUUCAUGAGUGUGAACAAAGUGCUUUUCUUCGGCGGCUUCACUCACGAUAAAGACGGCGUGUGUGUCCGUUUUUUAUAUCGGAAUAUAGGACGCAACAGAACCAGAACGCCCUCUGAAUGUGUUUGGAUCACAGUUUGUGGAGUUUGAAUGAAUUAGUUUCAGGUUUUAUUUUCUCUUGAUUAUUUUUGCUGCCUUGUCUGAACUUGUGCUUUCACGUUACCUUCUAAUAAAAAUCUGCAAUGUCCAAACAGAUCAAAGACCAGAAAUGAGCCAAUCAGGACGGACUAGAGUUAACCUUUAGAACACACCAGGUAACAUCAGGAUCACGUUUUACUCCCCUACAGACAGAAUACUUAUCUGUGCCUCAAAUCUCAGCAUUCUCCCUCAGACCAGGACCUGGUACUGAUCCUAGCUAACAGGUCAUCAGACCGGGACCUGGUCCUGACGAGCACUUUGUUUGAAGCUUUCUCCUCGUGUUCUUCUUUACGGGACUGAAGGUCUUCUACCUCCUGGUGUAUUUAUCUUGACCUCUGACCUCUGAGUCCCUAAAAUACUCUGAUAGAGCCCUCUGCUCAGUCGACUCUGUAUGCUAACGGUUUUGUUCUGCAGUUACUUCCUGUCAAAGAGGAUUAUUAUAAUCAAAGACCUUAACGUUUUGUUGUUGCAUUGAAUAAAGUUCAGAGUUAAAGGUGUAUCAGGCGGCGCUCUGUCUGAGAGAAUGUGUAAUGAUCUAACGGCUAAAGGGACUCAAUGUGUGAAUGUACUUUUCUAAAGAAAUAAAGCCUUUUAAGCUAAA